ACACACACACACACACACACACACACACACAGAUGUGUUAAUGGUUGAGAACAUAUAGGGUCUUCCUGACUGAAUAUCAGUGAAGCUUCACUACCUGAAAGUCAAGCAAGGAGAACAAACCCCCCUGCAAACAGGCAAGAUUUCAUCACUGUGUUCUCUCCAGAUUGAUCUCUGCUGAGAGACCCCUUUGUUUUCUUUGUUUUUAGUUUUUGAUCCAGGACCUGAGGAAGUGGUCACAGUGCUGCACUGAAGACUAACAUGACGCUCGUAGCUUGUGCAAGACGGGAGUACAGCGCCAUUUUCCUCUUUCUGGCAGUGGCUGUCGUAGUCUUUGUGCUACAUAACAUGGAGAUCCUGCAGAAAGAGGCACAAGGCAGCUCUGAGGGAUCACAACAGGGAGCAGGCAGCAACACUACUGACAGUCAAGAGGCUUCACAGUUUCAGAAUAAAGUGAACUCCACCAUCAUCUACCCAAGUGUUCCCACUGCCCUGGACAUGAAUCGCGGCCUCUGCAAAUUCCAGCCACUGCCUCCUGAGGAUGCUCGGGAGGAACGCCACCUAAUAGACUUAAUUGCUUGGCCUGAAACUCCACUUUUGCCAAAUCCUUUUCGCCUGGAGGAGACCAGUGAUCCAGCUCACAGCACCUUCACCAUUCUCCCAAGAAGGGGAGGAGGACAGUGGCGUGUAGGGGAUCAGCUGGAGGUCGUGAUCAAAAUUUCUGACUUCAAGGGCCGCCCAAAGAAGUCCGGUGGGGACUUCUUACUCGCCCGCCUGAACAACCCGAAUCUUGCUGCAGGUGUGGCUGGGCAAGUCGUGGAUCACCUCAAUGGCAGCUAUUCUGCUGUGUUGUCUUUACUCUGGGAAGGAAGAGCACAGGUUGAGGUGAUGCUGGUUCACUCUAGUGAGGCUAUCACAGUGCUGACUAGGCUGAACGUCGAACAACCUGACAGGAUGCGCUUCCAAAGCACUUUCCGCGCAGGUUCAGUCUCUGAAACUACCACCUGUAACGUCUGCCUACGUCAACCCCAGUAUCCACUGUGCAACUUCACUGACCCCCGUACAGGUGAGCCUUGGUUCUGCUACAAGCCAAAGAGCCUAAACUGUGAUACCAGGAUGACUCACGGCACGGAAAGAUUCGUACAAGACAUCAAGGCAGGGGAGGAGACGCUUUUUCAAAGUGAUAUCAACAUGAAAGUCAACAUUAAGGCUACAGGACCUUUCACUAUUGACGUGUUUCCAAAAGAGGAGGGUCAGCCACAGGUGAAGAGCAGCAUUGAGACAUCUGGACUCUUUGGCUAUUACCACCAGGGUGUGUGGCGAGCACUAGAUGGCACAGCAGUUCGCCAAUUUGACACCCCUGCCACCAUUCAGUGUCUGAGAAGCAAGGAGGUCCACAUCUUUGGAGACUCUACCGUCAGGCAGUGGUUUGAAUUCAUCACGUCAGUGAUACCAGAUCUUAAGGAGAUUGCCCUGUACAAUCCUGGGAAAGCUGGACCUCACAUGUCCGUAGACCAUGUAAACAAAAUCUUGGUGAUGUCCCGCUUCCAUGGGGUUCCUAUCCGUAUUAACUCUGUCUCAUCCAACGAGGUGCGUUUCGCUGCCAGUGAAAUAGAUGGCUUAAUCGGAGGCCCUAACACUGUCGUAGUUAUUGGCAUCUGGGCUCACUUUGGCACUUUCCCCAUUGAGGUCUACAUCCGGCGGAUGCAGAGUGUCCGCAGGGCAGUGGUGCGGCUACUGAACAGGGCUCCAGCCACGAAGGUCAUCAUCCGGACUGGGAACCCUAAAGCUCUGACACUUUUUUAUGCGCUAACCAACAGUGACUGGUACACGCUGCAGAUUGACAAAGUGCUCAGAACCAUGUUCAAAGGAAUGAAUGUGCAUUGGGUCUAUGCCUGGGAGAUGGUCAUGGCCCACCAACUGCCGCACAACCUCCACCCACUACGUCCCAUUAUUAAGGACAUGAUUGGUGUUCUCUUGUCGUAUGUGUGCCCUAAAUAGUGCGGCUAGAUGUGAAUUUGUUGGGGGGAGUCGGAUUCAAUCACAAGCUGAGUUUUCAUACAUCUGUGUUCUUACCAAGCUAAAUGUUUCCUUCAGCAGUCCAUGCCAGCCCAUUCUCAUUCCGCACUUGUCAAAUAUUGCCGCUUUGUCAGUGAUUUUGACGCCAGGCACCGAUGCAAAAAAGUACUCUUUGCAGUGGUGUGAUACAACGUCGGUUUGAAACGCUGCCAGCAACAAUGAGAUAUAAGGAGCUGGAAAGUCCCAAUAGGGUGGGGGCAGGGGAGGUGGCUGGGUUCAACCAACCCUGGACUUUCACACGGGAGUCCACUCUUUGCUUCCCAUGUGAAUGGUGGGGCAAACCAUGAUGUUUUUUUUCUAAACUUAACCAUGUGAUUUUGUUACACAAGGAAAUAAACAUAAAAACAAGGUGCUUUACCGACGUAUGUGUAUUUUGAAAAAGACCUUAUGCGUCUAACGAGCAGAAACUGUACAUUUCAUGUGAAAACAGAAGUCUGUUAACAAGCAUAAAGUGACACACCAUCCCGGAACGUCAACAACUGGUGCAUCAUAUUCAGACAUGAAGGCAACUGACAAAGUGACGAUAUUUGACGAGUUGGUUUAAGAAUGCGUUGGCCAUGCAUGGACUUAACUAACCACAGUUUUAUCUAGUUUUUUAAUUCGUGAAUGUUGGGUGAGCACAAAAGAAACAGAAAUGGGUGAAAAGCAGCUCCAAGCAAUGUUGGGUUUGUAUAUUACAAAUAACCAUUGCUGGAUGAUCACACUUAAGACAUACAACCUCAUGCCCCAUGUCUUGGGAUUGUCAAGCAGUCUUUCGUGAGAUACAGGAAAUCACUAACCAAAGGAGAUUCAGGAAACCUCAAAUUUUACAUGUUUUUGUUUUGUUUUUUUACAUUUUAUACAUUGAAAUAUAACAUAUUAAUUAGUGAGCUUAGAGUUCUGGUAGGAAACUGUUGCCUUUGAACAGAGCCAGUCUUUAUGCUAAGCUAACUGGAUGCUGGCUUCAGCCUUAGCCUACAUUGUAUUGACAGAUAUGCGAAGGUAACUCCAAAAACUUUAAAAGCAGGCUAUGCCUCUGUGCAGGGGCUGGUUCAUGCUGCUUGGGGAGUAGCUGUUGUAUGAUGUAUCCUUUGCAGCCCUCACUGUCUCACAAUCAACUAUGCACCAUCCAGUUGUUUAACAGAGCUUUCAGGUGAUCCUCAGUAACUCAUAAAGUUUGAUAAUGUGACAUGACUAUGUAUUUAUAUGAGGAUAUUUAUUGGCCAUCUGUCACUGAUACAUUUUUUACUUAAACAACGAUCAUGGAAGGCUUUGUCAGGAUGUAAAUCAUGGAUGCCAAAUGAAGUUCACUGGUUUGCAGCUUGUACAUGUUAUUUACAGGACAUUGAGAGUUAUGUGAGAAUUAUAUGUAUAUAUUUACAGGUAGAUAUUACCCCAAUUGUUGAACACUUGUCUCUGCUCAUCUACAUUCUCUGUUUGAAAUGUGUUGUUAACUGUGGAUGUGUGAGACGUAGCACACUGUAAUCUGUGAUGCUUCUUCUAAUUGUGGUUUACUGCCAAAGGUUUUGUUCUUUCUCACAGUAGGUUUAAACAAAAACAUGUGAAUAUGUCUUAAAAUUCCUCCUGGGAUGUUGUUUUUUAUACCAGAUACUGUUUUUAUGCAGUGAGGGGGAGGUUCUUUCAUUGUAUAGUAGGUCAACAGAUCAUACAACUGCAAGUGGAUUCACUUUUUAGGAAUUUAUAAUAACAGCGUAAAUAUUAAAUAAUAUCUACCUUUACCUGAACAACCAUAUAUUUAUGAAAAUCUCUCUCACAUGAUAUGAAUUUGUUUUAUACCUUCAAAGAAGAGAAACAGAAGAUUUUUAGAAUUUAACAAUAAUAUAUUUACAUGAUGUCAACUUUGGUUUGUCAGAGUAUUGAUACCACACUGUUAAAGUACAAAUAAUUUAAACAAGAUGCUUUUGUUAACAGAAUCAUGAGUAUUGUGUGAAAUGUAAACUGGGUUGUGUUUUUGGUUGUGGGUUGAUGGAAAUUGGGGAAAUGUCAUUUCUUUUGUUACAUCUUCCUUAUAAUCAUAGGAAAUGGGGAGUCUGUGGUUAUACCAAUAGCAGCCAAUAAAAUAACAGAAAAACAUUGUUAGUGCUACACAGUGGGUACUUUAAUUGAAGACUUUUGUCAGGGUUGGGGCCCAUAGGCCAUUAUUUGCCUAUAACACUGCUCUUUAACAUUCAAUAUUAUGGACUAAAGAAUCUAAAGAUCGGAGAGGACAAAACAUUUUUAAUAUUUACAAGGAGUUUAACACCAAAGUUUGGCUGAUCUGUUUCAUCAGCACUGCCCGGGUGUGGUUUGAUUAGAUAUGAUUGACAGUGGCCGGUCGAAACUGCCAUUAUUUGAUUUAAACUUUGCACUGAAAUUCGUGACAAUAAUUUUUUGUAACAAGGUCCUGACCACUUCAAACCAGUGAGGGAAGCACAAACAACCACAAGUAUCCAUAUAUCUUUUUGUAAGGAAGGAAAAAUAACAAAUGUGGGGUAGUUAUAAUUAGCUGUCAAACAUGCAUGUACAUGUAACAGUUACAUAAAUCAACUUGAGGGAACCGAUACUGUGAAAAGAAUCAGACCGCCCAAUAGUUACUCUUGUUUGCUCUGAUGUGGUCCACCAGUGGAAACAAACCUCUCUCCUUCACCCGUCUGGAAGCCUUUACACGGAUUAGGUGAUAUAAAUCUUUUAUACCCAGGCAGAUUCCCUCCCUUCAGUUCCUUUUCACUCAAUGCAUCAGGUCCAUCCAAAGGCUCCAGCCCAAGUGCAUCAGACUAUUGCUUCUCCAGAUCUUUGAAGAACAGAUACAAUUUAUCUACUUCUAAUGAUCACUGGGGCAAAACAAUAGAAUUCAAAGUCACCAAAACAUAAGAUAAAUCUCAUAAAAAUACAGCAUUGCUCUUCAUAGUCUCCAAUGAGGCAACUCAGUCAAGCGUUAUGUCUGAGUAUAUGUAGAGUCAUCCAUUGAUGGCUGAUGGUCUCCACCUAGUGGCCGACUCAGAUUUAUUGACUUAUAUUCACAACUGUGUCCUGUUUGUGUCACUGUCGUUUGUAUGGCAGGAAACAGCAGUAUAUAGUAUGUGUAUAUCUUAAUCAGUUAAAAAUGCCAACCAAUCUUUUGUGGAAAGCCCUGUGAUACACUGGUGAACUCAUGCUGCCUUUUAUACAAGCUUUAAUGGAUCAAGGGGAGACCAGGAGGAAUUGUAACAGUUUUAGUUUUUGAUUAAAUUUCUCAAAAAAAAGAGAAAAACCUCUUGAACUGUUUGGAUAUAAUUAUGUGUAGGUAACUUGUAUUUGUGACUUAAUAGGUGAAAACAUUUAUACUGCAAUACAGAAUUUGUACCAAAUGAGAUUCACAUCCCCUCCUUUCUCAGACCAGGUGAGUGUUACAUGUAUGUAAAAUGUGUGCCAGCUUUAUUGUGGGCUGUUUUGGCUCAAUAGUGUGAAUUUCAUACAACUCACACUCACAAUCAGGCUUAAAUAACAAGGGGAGGCAAAUCUCAGCUGGUACAAUAUCAGUAUUCUCAUAAUGCAUUCACCUCUUAAGUUCCCAUUCAGAUACUUUGGCAUUUAACACAGCUGAUAUUUUGGGCUGUUUAGACAGGAUGGUCUGAACUUCAUACAUGUAACGCUCACCUGGUCUGAGGAAGGAGGUGAGGCAAUUCUUGGCAUGUA